UAAAAAUUAUAAUUUAAUUAUUGAAACACUUUAUUAAAUGUGAGUACAUACAUACACGCAUAUAUAUUUAAAAAUACGUGCAUUAUGGCUAAAACUGAAAAAAUUUCCACAUGUGCUCGUUUAAUUUUAAUUAUUUAUUUAUUAAAUUGUGAUAAUUGUUUUGCAACCAAAUAUAUUGAAUGUAAUUCCGAUUUAGAAAAUCAAUUUCAAUGUGUUUCAAAUAAAAAAUGCAUAGAUUCAUCAAAAGUAUGUGAUGGAAAUAAAGAUUGUGAUGAUAAUUCUGAUGAAAACGAUUGUGAUACUUGUCUUGCACCAGAAUGGUUUGAUUGUAAGGAUUCUUUUAAAACAUGCAUACAUCACUCAUUUGUUUGUGACGGUCAAGAAAACUGUUUAAAUGGCGAAGAUGAAGAUAAUUGCCCAGAUAAUGUUAAAAAAGUGCCUCAAGUUUGUGGUAAAACUGAAUUCACUUGCAAAGAUAAAACUUGUAUUCCGAUGGAUAUGGUCUGUGAUGGAAAAAAUGACUGCCGAGAUCAUUCCGAUGAAACAAUAGGUUGUGAACACGCUGAAUUGACGUGUGAAGGUUUUUUCUGUUUAAACAAAAAAUGUUUAGCAAGUCAUCAAUGGGUUUGCGAUGGAAUCGAUGACUGUGGUGAUAAUAGUGAUGAGCAUGGUUGUGCUUGGAAUUGUAAAUUAGAAGAAGGAAAAUUUCUCUGUAAAGACAAUGACACAUGCAUAGAUUUAAAAAACGUUUGCGAUAAUACACCACAUUGUGCUGAUAAAAGUGAUGAAAACGGUUUAUGUUAUAAUAAAGAAAGCUCUUGUGAAAAAUUUAAAUGUCCAAGCGAUAGUAAAUGCUUUCAUUUACCAACUGGGCCAGUUUGUAUUUGCCCUAAAGGUUAUACUUAUAAUCAUGUUACGCAGAAAUGUGAAGACAUAAAUGAAUGUGAUCAAUAUGGAAUUUGCUCACAAAUUUGUACUAACACAAAUGGUUCAUAUGAAUGUAGUUGUUUGGAUAAAUUUCAAUUGAAAAACGACAAUAGAACUUGUGCUGUUGAAGGAGGUGAACCACUGUUAUUGUUCACAAAACUGGAUUCUAUUAUUGGAAUGCAUUUACAUUCGAAACAUGUUUACAAAGUAGCAGAAAAUUUAAAACAAGCUGUUGGUGUUGCAUAUGAUGGUGAACGUAUUUAUUGGACUCAUAUAAAAUAUGGAUACGAGAGUAUUGUUAGAGCUAGAGAAGAUGGAAGUAAACAAGAAAGUUUAGUAACAACUGGCUUAGAAGCUCCUGAAGAUUUAGCUUUAGAUUGGUUAACCGGUAACAUAUACUUUUCAGAUAAUAUCAAACGCCAUAUCGCAGUUUGUACAAAUCAUGGAGAUUAUUGUAAAUCUUUAAUUCAUAUUGAUGUUGAUUCUCCAAGAGGUGUUGCAUUAUUUCCACAAAAUGGUCAAAUGUUUUGGACUGAUUGGGGUGAAAAGCCAAUGAUAGCAACAGCUGAAAUGGAUGGUUCCAAUGUAAAGCAAUUAAUUACUACUAAAAUUCAAUGGCCGAAUUGUAUUACAAUUGAUUAUCCAGCUAAACGUUUAUACUGGGUAGAGGCAAAGUUAGGAAUUAUUGAAAAUUCAAAAUUAGAUGGAACAGACCGUAAAACGGUUCUUUCUGGCAUAGUCAAACAUCCAUAUGGAAUUGCAUUAUUUGAAGACAGUUUAUAUUGGUCAGAUUGGUCAACAGAAACCAUAAAUGUGUGCAACAAACUUAAUGGAAAAAAUCAUGAAGUAAUUUUUAAAGAUAGUAAACCUAUGUAUGCCGUGCAUGUUUACCAUUCAUCAAUUCAACCAAAAGCGAAUCAUCCCUGCAAAUAUAACUCUUGUUCACAUAUUUGUUUAUUAGCUGGCAAAACUGCUAAAUGUGCCUGUCCCGAUGACAUGGAUUUGAAUUCAGACGGAAGAACUUGCUCUAAAAUAAAGAAAUCUCAAAAGUUAUAUGUUAGUGUUAGUAAUAAUAUAUAUGAAAUUGAACAUAAAAGUUUUGGUCGGCAUAGAGUCACUGGAGCAUAUCCACUAUCGAUAUAUGCUAGUAAAAUGGAAUAUAAUAAUGUAAACGGAACGAUUUUUAUAGCUGACAAUAAAAAUUUAGAAAUACUUGAGUUUGAUCCAAUUAGUAAAGAUAUUAAAACUUUAGUUACAACACAUUUGGGUAAUGUGUCAGCUUUGGCUUUUGAUCAUUUGUCGCAUAAUCUUUAUUGGGCUGAUUCAAAAUUUCAUACGAUUGAAGUUAUUUCUUUACAAACAUAUAAAAGAGCUCUUGUCCAUUUCUUUUCUGGGCAAGAAAAACCAAUAGGAUUAGCUAUUAAACCAGAGUUAGGACACCUUUAUGUUUCUGUAUUUUCACCGAAUGGUACACAUAUUGAUACUUUAACAACAAGCGGUCAAACAUAUCAAACAUUCAAUGGAAACUUUGGUAAAGGGGAAAUACAAUUAUAUGCUCAUGAAGAUUACCUCUUUUGGCUUGACCAAGAAAUGUCUAGAAUAGAAUAUACGAAGUAUGAAAAUAUUUCACGCAAACUAUUCCGCAAUGAUCUUUCAGAUCCGCUUACAAUGGCUAUAGUAGACGACGACAUUUUUUGGAGUCAACAAAAUUCCGGAACAAUUUUUUGGACUCAUAAAAGCGGUUUAGGGGCUAUUAAGCGUUUAGAAGUUGACCAGCCAUUUUUAAAUAUUCGUUCAAAGCCAUCAGACCAAAUUUUUGUAACAUCAAAUAAACAAAUUGUAUCGGCUUCUUCUGAUAAACAUAAAUGUUUAACUAGAAAUGGAGGAUGCUCACAUAUUUGUGUUUCCAUUGGAACAUUCUCUUCAAAAUGUAUGUGCCCACCGGGACUUGUUUUUAAAGAUCCUUCAAAUAUGACAUGUAUUGAAUCAAUUGACUGUGAAUUCCGUUGCACUUCUGGUGAAUGUAUUACUCUAUCAAGACGUUGUAAUGGAAAAAAAGAUUGUAUUGAUGAGUCCGACGAAGUUCAAUGUGAAGGAAAAUUAAAAAAAAUUUGUCGAUUUGAUCAGUUUCGAUGUCAUGAUGGUACUGAAUGUAUUGAAAAUAAUCAAAGAUGUGAUAAAAUCAAGGAUUGCACUGAUGACUCGGAUGAACAAGACUGUGAAAAAUAUAAUGCAAAAAUUAAAUGUCGAUUCAACCAAUUUAAAUGCGAUAAUUCUGUCUGCAUUGAUGUUACUUCCGUGUGCGAUCACUUUAAUGAUUGUGGCGAUAAUUCAGAUGAAAAGAACUGUGAAGUUAGAACAGAUAGCAAGAACAAAAAAGGUUGUAGUAAAAAUUAUUUCCAAUGUUCUAUUGGUUCAUGUAUUCCACAUGAUUGGGAGUGUGAUGGCCACAUAGAUUGUGUCGAUGGAUCUGAUGAGCAUGAAAAAUGCGUUAUAGCACAUAUAUGUCCAAAAGGCUCUGUUCAAUGUCGAUCGGGACAAUGUAUAGAUUCGAAGCUUUUAUGUGACGGAAAUGAUGACUGUGGUGAUAAUUCUGAUGAAAUUAAUUGUAAAGAAGAGAAAAAAGAGAAGCAAUCUUGCGGUCAUGAAGAGGACGCUUUUGGAAAUUUAAAAAAAUUUCAAUGCACUUCAAAUCUUGAUAUCUGUUUAGAUGCAUCGGCGAGAUGUAAUGGUACAGCAGAAUGUCCGCGAGGGGAAGAUGAAACUGAUUGUUCAUCUUGUAGCAUUUACGAAUUUAAAUGCCUUUCGACAAAACAAUGCGUUCGUAAUGAAUGGUUAUGUGAUGGUAUAAAGGAUUGUGAUGACGGAAGUGAUGAACUAAAUUGUAAAACAUCACAAAACAAAACCUCUACAAAUGCACAAUUUCAUCAUCAAGAUACAUCGAAUUGCCAUGUUGAUAUGUUUUCUUGCAAAGAUGGUUCAUGUGUUGAAAAAUCUAAAGUUUGUGAUGGUAUCACAGAUUGUACAAAUGGAGUUGAUGAAGGACCACUUUGUGAAACAUCAUGUAGUAAAAAUAAAAAUUCUUGCCAACAUAUUUGUACGCCAACCCCAUAUGGAUCUGAGUGCAGCUGUAAGCAAGGAUAUCAUUUAAAUCAUGAUAAAAAAACAUGUAGUGAUAUUGAUGAAUGCCAUGCACAAAAUCCAUGCGCACAAAUAUGUGAAAAUUUAGAUGGAAGUUUCCGAUGCAGUUGUUAUUCUGAAUUUAUGUUAAGACCCGAUAAAAUUAGCUGUAAAUCAAUUCAAGGUAACCCAUAUCUAUUAUUUUCAUCCUUUGAUCAAGCUAGAAUUAUAAGUGAAAAUCCAAUAUCAAUAAAAUUGGCAUGGUCAGCGAACGAUACCAAAAUAGAAGGAUUAGAUGUUGAUGUUAAUAAUUUAAAAGCAUAUUUCACUUUAAAAGAUUCAAGUAGCAUAUACGAAUACAAUUUAAAUACAACUAUUAAUGGUGCAAAAAGAAUUUUAACUGAUCCUGGUAGAAAGAAAAAAAUCGCUGUUGAUUGGAUAACAAAAAAUAUUUAUGUUGUAUCUAAUACAGGAAUAGAUUCAAUUAAAGUUUGUAAUUUUGACAAUAAAAAAUGUGCAAGAAUUAUAAAAAUGCGUUCACGUGAUUCUAUAAAAUCUAUAGCUGUUGAUCCGAUUAAUCGUUAUCUAUUUUAUUCCGUUACAUAUCUUUCAACAUUUGGUCAACCAAAAACAACAUUAAAUAAAGCAAGUUUAGAUGGACAAAAAUCCAUAGCUUUGCUCUCAAAUGAAAUGCAUAUAACAAGUAUUGAAUUGGAUAUUUAUAAACAAAUUGUUUAUUUUAUUGAUUUUCAUACAAAAACUCUACAAUCAAUUGGAUAUAAUGCAAAUGAUAGCAAACCAAAAAUUUUAAUUAAAAAAGAAAAUGCUAUUAAAUAUCCAACAGGUUUGAGUAUUUAUGAAAAUAUGGCAUUUAUUGUUAAUACUGGAUCAUCGGAAGCGAUUAAAUGUGAAUUAUAUGGUGAAAGAAAAUGUCAUGCGUUCAAUAUUAAUGUAUAUAAUGCAGAAGAUAUUGUUGUUGUUGGUGCAUCGCGUCAAUUAAAGACGAAAAAUUUAUGUGAAAAAAAUAAAUGCAAUGUAUUGUGUAUCCAUGCUGAAUUAGGAUCCAAAUGUAUUUGUUAUAAUGGUGAACAUGCUCAAGAAGGUGAAAUAUGUUCCCAAUCAUUUCAACAACAAACUGAAUAUAAUAGCUUUAAUGAUGAAGUACAAUCUGAUCAAAUUACAUCAUCAUCAAAAACAUCACCAACAUUAAUAACAUUUUCAUGCAUUACAAGUUUGUUAUUAAGUAGUGUGGCUGGUUAUAUUUACUAUCGCAAAAAAUAUAACCCAGGAAACUUUUCCAUUGAUAUGCAUUUUCAAAAUCCCUUGUCAAAAAAUAAUAAUUUACUAUAUAAUAAUACAAACAAUAACAAUACAAACAACAUGAGCAAUCAAGAUGAUACAUUAGGGAAUAACAAUCAUCAUCAACAACAAAAUUCAUAUUUUAGCAGUAGUCCAUCAGUUUCGACACGUUUUUAUAAAAAUGAUAAUAAAAGUAAUAUUAAUACAUUAGCUAGUAAAUUACCAUUAUAUGGUCCAAUUCAGAAAUUUUUCAAUUCAGACAAAUACAAUGAGAUGUCCAUGCAAUCUUCAGAAAAUAAAAGACAAAUUAUUACUACAAUACAAACGGUUAAAGGAAGAAAAUCUUUUACAUAUAAAACAGGGAAGCAUAUGGAAUCAACAGAACAUGAAUAUGCAUCCAGAGAUUUGGGAGAUUUCGACGAUGAUCCCAGAACGCAAUUAGUGCCAUAAUAGAAGAACAAAAACCUAUUUUUUUUUUUUGUUGAAACUUAGUAUGUGAUGUAAUUGUAAAAUACGUAAUUUUAUGUAUACAGCCUGUUAAAAAAUAAUUUACAAUUUAAUUUUUAUUUAUUAUAAAAAUAUUAGCAACAAUUUUCAUUUAAUUUAUUUUCACUUACAUAAUGCACAUAAGUUUCUACACAAGUUUCAAAUUUUUUAAAAAUAUUUUAAUUGUUAUUUACAUUAAAAUAAGUAAAUAUUCUAAUUAAAAAUUUAUAUAGAAAGCAAAUAAAAUAAUAUUGAAACAUAUUUUACCUACAUAUUGUAAAUUGUAAUAAAUGAAAAUUAAGUUGAUCCAAACCAAAUC